GUGGAUCUGGAAGACGAUCUGGGCCGUACAAACGACCCUUCCACUUACAUACCACUUCUGAGGAAUCGUGAGCUGUGCCCACUUCCUCCUCUUUCCAUCUCCAUACGCAGUACCAAUAUAUCUAUUGUUGCACUUCGUGCCAACCGUACGGUUGCCCUGCUGACGUGUAUACCAACAAGAUCCUUACAAGCUGUCAGUCUCUUUUGCCGCCUUUGCAACAUUAUACCUUGAAUCCUUGCAACCCCACUUGCCUCCGCGACCAUGGCGGAUCUUGUUGAAGGCACCUGCGAGCCCACUUUCAACCGUGUUCGAGGGUUGCUUGGCAAGCGCAUAUCCGAAGGAGCUGAAGUCGGGGCCUCGAUCGUCGUCAACAUCGAUGUCCAGAAUGUAGUCGACAUUUGGGGUGGUUACUAUGACGAAAGUCGCACCCGUCGCUGGGAGAGAGACACCAUUGUCAACGUCUUCUCUACCACGAAGACUAUCACCAGCCUUGCAGCACAUGUCCUUAUCGAUAGAGGCAUUAUCAACCCCUACGAGAAAGUGGCAACUUACUGGCCUGAAUUUGCCGCGAAUUCCAAGCAAGACAUCGAAAUAAGGCACAUAAUCUCACACACCUCCGGGGUUGCGGGAUGGGACCAGCCAGUCUCCCUGGCUGAAAUAUGCAAUUUUGACAGAGCAGUGUCACUGCUGGCAGCACAGGCGCCAUGGUGGACACCGGGGACGGCCUCUGGCUAUCAUUCAUUCAUACAUGGAUUCUUGAUCGGGCAGGUCAUGCGUAAGGUCACUGGAAAGACACUGAAAGACUUUAUUCGAGACGAGAUCUCUGGGCCACUGGGUGCAGAUUUCCAACUGGGCGUCGCCGAGUCCGAACUGCAUCGGGUUUCUGAUCUCAUCCCAUGGGCUGUCCCCCCGAGCAACAGUUCCAACUCUACUUACACUCCUAGUCCAGACUCGAUUUCGGCACGGGUCAUGGGGAACCCCGCAUUCAGCCCUGAGAUGGCCAAUACCGCCUUGUGGCGCAAUGCUGAGAUUGGAUCUGCCAACGGCCACGGAAAUGCGCGCUCUAUUGCAAGAAUUCUCUCGGCCAUUUCUCUGGGCGGGCAUGUCGAUGGAAAACAAUUUCUCAAGCCGGAAACCAUUGACUUAAUUUUCCAUCAGAUGUCAAAUGGCACAGACUUGGUUACUAACAUGCCCACACGAUUUGGAAUCGGCUUUGGUCUGACCGGUGAAGGAGUGAUGCCUACGUGGCUACCUCAAGGAAGGAUAUGUUUCUGGACCGGUUUGGGAGGCUCAGUCGCCAUCAUGGACUUGGACAUGAAGAUGACUAUCGUAUAUGUCAUGAACAAACUUUACCAUGUUGGUCAAGGGUCUGACUUGACAGUUGAAUACGUGAAAGAGAUUUACAGGGCGGUGGAAGCAUCACGGAGUUGAGCAAAGUUAGGCUAUCAUAUUUAGAGCCAUGAUAGAGAGCGCUUUAUUCAACUCAAUCAACUUCACCUAGGCCCUCAGAUUACCUAAUUACUAGGAAUCCAUGUGCGAUACUCUAGUAGGUUUUGUGGA